UAUUUAUAAUCUCACAUUAUUCAAUUUUUGUACUCUCUCUAACUAGGGAUUCAUUUCUUACAUAAACGUCAUGAAAUUUUGAUUAUUAAAAAAAUAAUGAAAUAAAUAAAACCAACAAGACCCCAUUAUAAAUAUACGCAUAAACAUUACUUUGUGUAUAGAUAACAUAUAAACUAAUUUCAAACAAACAUAGCCAUUAACCUCUCCAUUUUUAUGUGUUGUUGAAAGAAAGAUAGUGGACAUAUGUUUUCGCAUGUGGAAACAUCAUCCUUAAGCUACGAAAUCUUGGAUUACUUACAAAACUUCGUCGUUUCGAACUCUGAAAACGUGGCGUCACAACAAAAUUCCCUUUCUUCCUCUUCUUAUUCAUCAGCGACACUCUCUUGCUCCAUAACAGAGCAACAAUCUCACUUAACGGAAAAGUUAUCUCAUGUGCGAGGACGAUGUAGUUGCGGUGACGUACUGUCGCGGAAGAGGAGAAGGAGAAGUGAAAAUACGAUGGAAGAUAAAGAGUACCAAAGGAUGAAUCACAUUGCCGUCGAGCGUAACCGGAGAAAACAGAUGAAUCAUUUUCUGUCUAUCCUCAAAUUUUUUAUGCCUCUCUCUUAUUCUCAACCUAAUGACCAAGCAUCAAUCAUAGAAGGGACCAUUAACUAUCUCAAGAAGCUAGAACAUCGUCUUCAAUCACUCGAAGCCCAAUUAAAAGCUACCAAACCCAAUAAAUCACCCAACAUAUUUUCCGACUUCUUCAUGUUCCCCCAAUACUCCACCACCGCCUCCUCCUCCCCCUCAAGUCACUACCACCACAAGCGACUACCGGCGGUUGCUGACGUGGAGGUUACAAUGGUAGAAAAACAUAUCAACAUUAAAGUGUUAACAAAGACACGGCCAAGAUUGCUCUUCAAGAUUAUCAAUGAGUUUUACUCUUUAGGUUUAAGUACUCUUCAUCUCAACCUCACAACUUCCAAAGACAUGUAUCUCUUCACGUUUAGCGUAAAGGUAGAGGCAGAUUGUCAACUGAUGCCUUCUGGUAAUGAGAUCGCAAAUGCGGUGCAUGAAGUCGUUAGAAGAGUUCACAAGGAAAGUUAAACUUUGUUUACAUAUUAGCUACCCUUGAAAUUCUAUUUUUAUAAGUAAUCUCUUGUACAUAUGUAUACAAAUUAUUAACAUCCGAAUGCAACAUUGUUUAACUUU